AUCCUUGAAGAACAACCAGAUAUAUUUACUAAUCAAGAAGUAUCUGAAAUUGCAAAUAACGAAAAUAGUACUUUUUAUAUUUCAUGUAAAAGAAUAGCUUUAAUUUUUGAGCCAAUUAAACAA